AUCCAAGCCGCAUAUAUUAACCCACAAAAGAAUAUGCCUGUACAAGUUCACCAGGUCAUCUUGCAGACGUUCCUUCGUCACUGCGCGGAACUCGGAUUCUUCCUUGACAUCGCCCACUUUGUCCAGUCGGCAACUAGCAGCAACCUUAUUGAACGACCUGUUGCUGCUCUGCUUAGUGUCGCAUACCUAUGGGGAAUUCACCUCUCCCCUUCCCAGGAAAUCGCGGCUUGGGAAGACAAAUUUCUUGCUCAAGCUGUAAAUCUUGCUUCUCAAGGACUGGCAAACUGCUCUGUCCAUCCCUACGGAUAUUUCUUCCGGAACAUGAAGAUGCUCGAGGGAAAAUAUCAUACCAGCGCUGCGGUCUCCCUCGUGCUUAGCUCUGGGCUGCAUAAGAUCAGGUCUCAGAAUGGAGGUAGCGUGUCUAUUCUCGGAGAAGCACGUAACGCUCUCGAGGAAGGAGAGAGACUUAAUGGUCUUUGGACGGUCGUAAUCUUAAAUAACUGCUGGACUGCUGUGGAUGGAUCUCCUUCCAACCUAUCCGACGGAGACGCGACUAGAAUCGACGCGCCUUGGCCUCUGGAUAUUAGUGAAAUAUUCCAGGGUAAGUCUCUUCAUAUCUCUCCUUCUCGUCUUUUGGGCGGAACUAGCCACACCAUCCAGAGACUCCUGCACGGUGAAGCAGAUGCGGGGACAUCUAUUCUUGCCCUGCAUGCCAAGGCAUCAAUUUUAUUCGAGCAAGCUUCGCUUUUCAAGUCGAGGGUGCGUCCCGUAAAUCACUUCAAGGCAACCUUUGAUUCGUUUUCCAACGUUCUGGAACGCUUCAUUGAGAGCCUGCCCACUUUCCAAGCCAUGUUAACGCUAAGUACGCCGGCUACCGCAGUAAUGAUCCACACCUUGGCGCAUGCCACCGUGAUUGUUCUUCAUUUUCCCGUCAGAUCCAUGAAUCCCAAUUCUUUGGAGAGAAUGGAUAGGGCAGCCUUUGUAAUCACACAGGUUUUGAGCGUGAUGAAUAUCGCCGAAUUCUCUUUCGUCGACGCAAUUUUGGGUGAUUUGUGGUCAACUGCUUACAGGUUUUUGAUCGGACUGGUGUCGUCGCUGCCUCAGCCCCAGCAGGUAAAUGUACAAAGGGCACUACAGAUGAUCAUCGGCGCUUUGACGGUGGUUGCACCCAGCUCGGCUUUCGUUAGUGAGUACACAAUGAAAUUACGCUGUCGACGCGAUUCAAACGGAAUCUAAAUAACGAACUGAGGAAAGUGCGCGGAAACUGAGCAAUGAGCGCUGCGCUGACUGACGGCGGUUGAUAAAUUCCAUCAUAAUAUCACAGACAACCAAUUAAUAUAGGCCUAGACAACAUCCUAAUUUACCUACUAUAAUAUUCCUAUAACGGCAUCUAAUACUUAUUAUUGUAUGUUAGAUAGAAUUAAUGAAUAAUACAUUCCUGGA